AUGGCAGGAAAAAACAGUGUGUGUGAUAUUCCAGCGGAUUUUAAACCCAUUUUGCCACCUCGCAAACGAGCAAGAACACAAGAGGAGAAGGAGCAAAGGAGGAUCGAAAGGAUUUUGCGUAACCGUAGGGCUGCUCACCAAUCUCGUGAGAAGAAACGGUUGCAUUUGCAACACUUGGAAGAGAAGUGUCACUUGUUGGAACGUAUUUUGAAGACAGUUGACAUUGAAAAGUUGAGUUUGAAGGAUGCAAAGCUUGGCGGAAUGGUUAAUAGGUGGAAGGAGUUAGACUGUCAAACACAGUCGUAUAACGCGGCCGCAAAACAGGAAAUGGAUUCGGCUAUGCGUUCUCCAGAAAGCUUAACAUCAUCCAGUCCGGAACACAAGGAAAACCUUUUGAGCUGCACAACGAACUCUUUGGACGUUUCUGCUGGGUCAGUUUUAUCCAGUGGUCCUGUAUCAACAGAGGAAAUGAGCUCCACUUCUCCCUUUGUUCUACCGUUUGAAGAAAAUGGCUGCUCUGUUCUUGAUGAAGCAGAGAAUAGCUCUAUCAGUAAUAGUGGUAACGCUGAUAUUCUAGGACAGAACUACUACCAGUUGACUUCGACCCCAUUCGUGAAGGUAGAAGAUGACUACUCAGUGUUCGUCGGAGGAGAGCUUAAUGGCAACCAACAUAUUGCCGAAGAAAGUCUUAUAGAUACCAACCCUGUUGUUCUAUUUGACAACCACAACACCACCACCACCACCAACAACAACAUUAACAAAAAUGUUGCUUCAGAAACAAAUGAGGGAUGGAACCUUCUGUUAACCUCAUCACCGGAACUGAAACCAGAACUGGCUGAUUCUGAGUCAUUUGAUCUUGUAGAUCCAAUUGGCCUUGACACAUGGCGCAAUCCAGCAGUGAUUGUAACAUGA